UGGGUUGUAGGCUAUUUUACAAAGGAAAACAAAUACUCUGUGAUACCAUUUACUUGGAUUUUAAACUGCGGCAAUGUUAAUUUAUCUAAAUGGCCAAUAUAUGGUGUAGUGAACUCAAUGAUUAUGGAAGCAACUUAUCCAGAGUUAGAUUGGCCAACUUUUCCAGUAAAAAUAGUUUCACAAAUUUUCAACACGUUUGAGGAUGCUAAGAUGAAAGAAAAGGAACUAUUCUUGUCUGCAUCUGAAUCCGAAAGUCCAGUGAAAAAAAAAAGAAAAAACAAAAAGGUUUAUCCAGCAAUAAUUGAAAGUGAAAGUGACAGUGCCUGUAGCAGUACACACACAACUCCCAUAAAAGUUAUGAAAACAAACCAGGUAGUUGUAGACAACCAACAAAGUGGAUCUUCUGCCUAUGUUGAACUGCAGAUGAAUCAGAUUUCUGAUCAGUUAUUACCCAACAACAUUAUUUCUUCAUCUAUGAACACUUUGUAUGGCACUGACGAAUGUAUCAACACUGAUUAUACUGCAGAGAAAGAAACAACAAUGUUUGAAUUAAACAUUCAGAGUACAGAUCAUUCCAUGUCAAGUGUAUCAACAGAAAAUCAAGAAGAUUUAAUUAACAAGAGUGAUGACAAUACGAUUAACAAUUUAUUUAAAAAUGUAAUUUCUAUAUUGGCAUACGUAAAAAGACUGGACAGUAAAAUAGAUUUAUUAACUCAAAAAAAUAAUAAUACACAGAUAAGUGAAAAUUUUAACAAAGAUUUUGAGAAAAUCUUUCCAUUAAAAUGUGUAGAAGCUGUGGACGACAUGGAAAAUAAAUUAAAAUCUGAUGAAAACACUUCUGGUCAACUGAGAAAUCUACUGCAAAAAAUUGGCGGCACAGGUCUGAAAAACUUUGUUAAAAGAGUUUUAGAAAGAAUAUUUACAAAUGAAUUAUCCACAAAAUAUUCAUGGACUGGGUUUAAAGAUAAUCACGAGCUUAGAACUUUAAAAAUUAUAAAAAUCAUGAAAGAUGUUGCCAAUAGUACUUUUUCUGAAACUGAAGCUAAUUUUGAAGCACACAUUAAAGAUUGGUUCCGUCACGGCUCUCAAAGAUAUGCAAGAGAACAACUAAAAGAAUCUUCCUAA